AUGCCGGGCCCUCAGGCUACUCAAGUCUUGUCCUCUACUAGAGCUGCUAUUUCAAGUCUUAAAGGUAUCGAGGAAGACCAUGGUGACCUCAACGAUGUUGAAGAGCUCCCUGCAGCUUUUGCACAAGUCGCCAAGCACCUGCCGGCUGUCUGCAAGGCACUACAAUCUGCCCGGCUACACAUACAGAAAAGGGAAGACGACAAUACCUGGGCAGAGAUGAAGAAGCCUAUGGAUGGAUGCAAGGCGAAAGCCGAUCGUUUAGAGGGAGUCUAUGGAAAGGUUGUGCCAUCUGCCCCCGCGCAGAAGAUGGAGCGCUACCGCGAAGCUGUGAGUGGGCUAGGCAAAGAGGGACGCGUGGAGGUUUUGAUGGAAGCCAUACUGCGAGACGUUAAGGGUUUAUUGACAGUGGACGGGGGGAUGGAAGCGGCAACCGAAUCGGAUCUCCGCGAGCUGGCUGAUAUCACGGCAGAAGUGCUAGCAAUUCCACCAUCACUGCAGGGUGAUGGCUCAGCUUUAGGUAUCCACAACUACGGCCCCGGCCCUCAGAACGUCGUUACAGGCGACGGGCACCAGUACAACAACAAUAACACCGGCAAUCAGUUCAACGGAAGCACAUUCCACGGCGUCAAUCCUUUCAGCCGGGAGUAA